AUGUUUGCUACAAGAGCCCUCCUUCAAGCCGCUCGCGUCACCCUCUUCACCCGCGCCGGCUGCGGGCUCUGCGACACGGCCAAACACACCGUCGUCCAACUGAACAAGCGCAAACCCUUCAACUACGAGGAAUUGGACAUCAUGACCCCUGCAAACAAACAAUGGAAGGAUUUUUACGAGUUCGAUGUGCCCGUUCUCCAUGUGCAAUCCGUUAAAGAUCAGCAGAUCUCCGAUCCGAAGAAGCUGUUCCAUCGCUGGACCGAGCAGGAGGUUGAGAAUUUGGUCGAUGAUAUGAAGACACAAUAA